AUGAGCGCACAGCAGGUCUUGCAGCCGCUGACGCCGAUCGAGAAUGGAGAGAAGUGGGAUCAUUGCAUAGAGAACUUCAUUCGAAAAUCCAGUUUGGGACUGAUCUCCGGCAUUCUCCCGUCGCUUCUCAUGGCGCGGUCCGUUGCGGCGCGUAGCUCUAUCGUUUUAUUCUGUGCGGGUGUCGGCUCUGGCAUCGCGUACGGUGAGGCGCGGUACCUCUUUGACCAUAACGUCCUCUUCGACCGCCGCCAUAUUGUACAAAUAGAGCUGUUCACUCCAAAGAAGUAG